UUGUGGAUAAUCUCAGAUUCGAGAUUCUUUCGAGUGGGUGACAAUGUUGUUGUUGUUGUUGUUGUUGAUAUUUUAUUUUGAUCUUCUUUGUUGUUUGUUGUUGCGUAGAACCCAAUUGCAUUUGACGCGCCUUGUGAGUGUUUCUGUACAGUUAACCAUUGUUGAGUGUGAGGUGGUUCAAUCUCCAUUGUUGGGUUUGAAGGGAUUGUUUUAGUAGUGGGUGCCAAUUGCGGGAGAUGGUGAAGAAGAGAGGUUAGCGACGUAGAUUGUGUGAGAUUUUUUGCAGGACUGCGAAAGGAUUUCUCACCGGGAGCUCGGUAGCUAUGCAUUGGAGUUGGAUUUUUCCUUGCGCAUUGUUGCUGAGGAGCGUUCCCGUUUUGGGUUUGAGUGGUUUUACGAGAUUUCCUUAGGAAAUGAGUGGGCUGAAAUGGGAAUCGCUGACGCUAGAGCUCCGCAUUUGCGUUGAAGAGAAACUUGGAUGCGGUAGCUUGCGGUCGUGAUACAGCACAGUGAGGGAGAGAGAGAGAGAGAGAGAGAGAGGGAGAGAGAGAUUGAAUUUUGGUUCGAAUUUGAGGAGUGGCAGUGUGUUGGUGAGGGUGGUGUGCGCUAUGGCGGGGACCUGGCGUGCCCUGAGUUUGUCUCCCCAACCAGAUUACUUCGGCCAUGGACAACAAUGUAGCAAUGCAAGAGCGUCUCCUUUGGCAACCGUCCAAGGUUUUCACCCGCAGCAGUGUUUCCUAAUGAGCAAGGAGGAAGCAGUAUUAGCAGGAGCUGCUGCUGCUGCCGCUUCUCCGCAAUCCAAUGCAUCGAUUGCGACGAGCAACCGACGGUCGCAGUUCGGUGAAACGCUUCCCGCUUUCGAGUUCGAAGACGAAGUGGAUGAAGGCAGCAGUCUUUUGAAUCAGCUACUUUCUGAUGAGUUAAAAAUAUUGGAGCGAGAUAAAAAAGGAACGGAAUCGACGACGAUGCAGGCUGAGCGUAAACUCAAGAAUUUGGGAAUCAAGUUGAAGAGAGCUGAAAAGAGCACCCCAGCAGUUCCUCGGAAAGUGAAACUUGUUUCCCCAUCUGUGCUUGAGAAUCUCUCGUCCGGUGACAUUGCCGCGACAUUCUCUACGCGUUCGUCCGUAGCAGGUACAAGCGGCAGGAACGCACUCUACGAGUCACCAGCACUACUGCAUUCAAAGUCGUUGAGUAGCAAGGAAUGGGAGGAGCAAGCAUAUGAGAUUAUUCGACGUCAAAAACUGCGAGAGUCCGCGGCAUUGCGAGCUCGUCGAAUGGAGAAAAAAGCCUCGCAGGUCCCAAACAAUAAACAUCUAGCACCACCUGUUUCUGGAACAAAGUCAUCAGAGUUGAACGCCGUUACCACGAAAUCAGUUAAGGGAGACAUAGAAGACAUUGCGUUGGUCAAAUUGGCUUAUGAGCUCAACCUGGAGCCCAAGUUCCGCCCCUUGCUCAGCUACCUUCACCAGCUGGGGCUCAGUGAAACCGACUUUAGAAAGAUUGCCGAGCGACACAAGACGUGCUUGCAUACAAACGCCGUCAUGGCAAAGGAACGAGUGGAAUAUCUUCUCAGUUUGGGCGUAGAAAGCGAGAAUCUGAGCAAGCUCAUCGUACGCCACCCUCAGAUCCUAGAGUACACGGUGGAGCGCGCGAUGAAGCCGCGGAUUCAGUACUUGAAACGGAUCGGCGUGCCUGAGUCCAAGCUGGGGCGAGUUAUCACUGUGGCGCCCUCCUUACUAGAGUGCAGCCUCCAGCGCUCCUUGAAACCCAGGGUGCAGUAUCUCAAGGACGUCGUUGGUAUCAAGGAUUCCGACGUCGGGCUCAUCGUCACACGAAGUCCGCAGGUGCUCACGCAAAGCAUCGAAGACUCUCUGGAACCGCGAGUGGAGUUUUUCAUGGUCGAGAUGGGAGUCUCGAAGGAGAAGCUUGCAAAGAUGGUGACUCGUCAUCCCCAACUUCUCCAUUAUAGCGUGGAGGAUGGCAUGAACCCCCGCGUGGAUUAUCUUCACAGCAUUGGACUUUCUAAAGAGGACAUCCUCAAAGUAUUUGCUCGCCUCACACAGAUUCUAUCACUCUCGAUCGAGAACUGCCUGAAGCCAAAGUACGAGUAUCUCGUGGAGGAGCUGCAGGGAGGGCCUCACACGGUGACCAGCUUCCCAGCGUACUUCAGCCUGUCACUGCAGCAGCGGAUCAAGCCUCGCCAUCGCUUCCUCGCUGCCCUCAACAGAGUGCCCAGUGGGCCAUUCCCCAUGAAAUCCUUAGCAGUUACUGAUUCCUGCUUCUGCAAGCAGUGGGCGAAAACGUCCCUGGAAGAGUACCAGGCAUUUCGUAAUGAGCUCCUGCUGGGCAACUUGAAUGAAAACUCUGAAUGGAAAAGUAAAAAUGGAAAAACGCACAAUUGAGCGAACACAAUUCUUCUUCUUCUUCUUCUUCUUCUUCUUCUUCUGCUUCUUGCUCAGAUGUAAUUGAAUCCUCGUGUUCUCGAAUGCUUUUCCUCCUCUCUGGUAAUAGGUUGUGGUUGGUAACAUUUUCUAUAAACACUUGCAGCUCUUCAGAAAAUUUAACAUUGUCAGUUGUGAUCAAA